GAGGGGAGGAGGGAAUGGAGGGGAGGAGGAUCCAGAGGGGAGGAGGAUCCCAAUCCCCGGAAGCGCUCGGGGAAGGGCCAUGAUCCUACACCGGCAUGGCAGCGCCCGCGGAGGAGGUUGCUCCAGGAAGUGAGGAUGGUUGUUGAAGGUUGUGGAUUCGGGGAGCUGAUUUUUCAUCCUGAAGAGGGGACUUAGGAUGUCCGUGGUCCAUCGUCUGACAGCGGGAUGGCUUGUGGAUCAUCUCUCUUUCAUCAACCAGUGUGGCUAUGAGAUCUGUGACUCCUUUGCACACCCUGGUGGUGUCACUGCCAAUACCUCUGUCACGUCUGCUGAAGACUCUCACAGUAUUUCUACUUUUGCUGCCGCCCCCUCAUCAAGCAAUGGUCCUCCUUAUGGUCCUGGAGAUGCCAUAGAAGCUGAAGGUAAAAGAGCAAAAACGAGAUACGUGUUUCGGGAGGAGUUCUUUGAUAUUUCUAAGCCCCAUAUAGCUGCAGCUCCUGAGGAGCAGCUGUGUCAGGGAUGCCCUGAGGUGACUCUGACAGAAAUAAAGGCCAGCAGCAACAGCAAGGAAUACCAAGGAGGAGGAAAGAGUGACACUGGAAAUUCUCUUGCCACUGCUAGGAAGAAACGCAAAAGGAAAUGUGUAUUCAACCAAGGUGAGCUGGAUGCUUUGGAAUACCAUUCAAAGGUUAGAAAGCUCAUUUGGGAAGGCACUUUGCAUUUAGUCCAAGAGGGACUCAAAACUGGUUUUCUUCACCAUACUACUGCAAAACCCAGUUGCAGGAAGAAUAAUGUUCCUCACCCCAUUGCCUGUGGGUUGGCUGAAUUGUGUGAAAUGGCAAAGCAGUUUCCAGCUGUGAAUGGAAGUGACCAUCAAGCUGUACGUGUGCUAGAGGAAACCUCCAGUGCAGAGCACGACCUGCUUUCGUGUGUUAUGGAGAACAACUCAAACUGUGCGAAGACAAUUGUGUUAAUGGGGCAGAAAUACUUGGUACCACCAAAAAGCAGUUUCCUCUUAUCUGAUAUUUCAUAUUUACAGCCCCUGGUGAACUACAAGAAAAAAUAUGGUGUAAUUGUGAUUGAUCCACCAUGGGAGAACAAGUCUGUUAAAAGGAGUAACAGGUACAGCCACUUGCCUUCGUGGCAAAUCAAGCAGAUUCCUUUACCUGCACUAGCUGCUCCAGAUUGUCUUGUAGUCAUGUGGGUGACUAAUAGACAGAAGCACUUACGUUUUGUUAAGGAUGAACUUUAUCCUCACUGGUCGGUGAAAACACUUGCUGAGUGGCACUGGGUAAAAAUUACUUCAGCUGGAGAAUUUGUAUUGCCUUUGGAUUCUUUGCACAAAAAACCCUAUGAAGUUCUUGUAUUGGGGAGAGUUCAAGGAGAUGUAAAGGAAGCCUUAAGGAAAUCUGAAGGUGUUCUUCCAAUUCCAGAGCAUAAGUUAAUUGUCAGCAUACCCUGCAGUCUGCAUUCACAUAAACCUCCUCUUGCUGCAGUUCUGGCAGAGUUUAUCAAGCCAGAUGUGGAAUGCUUGGAGUUGUUUGCUCGCAACCUGCAGCCUGGCUGGACCAGCUGGGGAAAUGAGGUCUUGAAGUUUCAGCACAUUGAUUAUUUCACUCUUCUGCAGAAUGAGAACUGAGCUGGGUCUUAGCUAUCUGUACCUUCUGAAAUUCCACAUCUUCCCAGGGGGCUCUUGAACUUAACUUAAUUACUGAUGUUGCACCUAAAGGUAACAGAAAUAAAACCAAUUGCAUUUUAGUUGGAAUUCUUUAAGUGAUGGGAUAUCUGUUCAAUGCUUUCUCCCCUCUGUGCGAGGUGGUCCCAUAUUUCGAUGAUCUGAAUGUAUUUAAAUACUGAUGUUGUUACCAAAAAUCAGUAAAGAUAAAACUCCUUAACAGCAGUGUAGCAUUAAGAAGCAGGCAUUCUUUAUUUGGCUAGAUGCAUGAGGGAGUAUCUCCUGUGAAAUAUUGUGUAUGCUGAUUAUAGAGAAAGCUCCUGUUUAUGUACUGUAUUUUACAUAUAUAUUCAUUGGCCUUUCUGCAUAACAUACAGAUGAUAAUAAUUUCCCCAAAAUCAUUAACAUGUGUGCCCUCCCCUUUGCACAUGUUCUUCUGUCUCAGAGGUUUCUUUGGUUGUUCCUGGUGGUCAGCCACCCCAAAAUCAUAUUUGACCAUCCAGUGAAUUGGCAAAAAGUUGGCAUAACUGGGCUGGUUACUCUGCAGUUUUCCUUCUUGGUCAAUGUUUGACAUGACCUUAGAGAAUAAGGAUUUUGCGUUUCUAUAGGUUUGUGAUUUUUGAAGAAUAAUCAUAUUAACCCACUGGGUGCAAACAAUUCUUCAUCUGCCAGCAAUGUUAGAGUGUAAGUUCAUCCCUGUUCUUUUUCAAACCUCAAGAAAAUAAAGAUAUUUUAAAGUAUUUUCACUGCAGCUGUCAAAUAUGAGCUGAUAGAACAUUUCUACUGCUGUACUGUAGCUCUUGUGUUAUUUUUAAAGAAUUAUAAUAUAUUGUUUUUAAAGAGUCAAUGUGAAGUAAACAGUUCUGAAUCACGCAUGUUAAAGAGUUUUUUGCAAAACAAUGGAUUUUGAACAAAAUAGUUAUGAAGGCAAUGUAUCUUCCUACAUGUUUGUAUGUGUUUGCCUCAGAGAAAAUAAAAGUAGCAGUGCUUAUGUUUAUUGGCACAUGAAUUCAUGGCUGACCAUAUUCUGUGUAAAAUUGUACUUUUAAAACAAUUGGCAAUUCUCUCUGUGUAUAUGGUGUAAUUUUUUUAAAACAUUGUAAAUGAUAAAUCUCAACAUCUUAAAAAU